AGUUGGGCUUGCGGCAACACAAUGAAUAGCAAUAAUUUACAAGAAUGGUGGGAGAAUACAUAUCGUCAUCAUCUGACCAAACAGCAGCAACAACAGGUCAACUUUGAUUCAACUCUCACGGUUCAUGAUGCCACCAGCAGUAAAGAACUAUUAAAUUUGGCCGCUCUUCAACAAACCCUAGACGAGAACAAUAUUUCCGAGGGUGUUGGUGCCGCUGCUGCAGCCAGUAAUGCUGUUUUAGAUUACGAUCAGUUUGGUAAUUUAACAUACAUGACUCCUUAUGAUGGUGAUCGUGAUGAACAUACAAUACCUUCGCUUACGCUGCUCUUUAUGGCCAUUUCUUAUGGCUUGGUGGUAUUUGGUGGAGUUUUGGGAAAUGCAACCCUGCUGCUAACACUUUGCUCCGCUUCGUCGGUGAGGUUACGAAAUCCUUUGCUACUGGCUGUUUGCAUUGCAGAUCUUUUGGUGACGGGCAUAUCGGCCCCCGUGACCCUGUUAAAUUUAGCCAUGAAUCGUAAAACGAAAACGUUACCUUUGGAACUGUGUAAAGUGAUUGAUUUUAUACAGGCUACACCAGUUGCUGCCAGUACAUUAUCGUUCUUUUUACUAUCGCUGGAUCGUUAUGCCACCGUCAAACAUCCGCGUUUGGCACAACUACGUCAACGACGUUAUUUACACGUUUCCUUGGCAGUGUUCUCAUGGCUGACAUCAGCCAUUGUCAGUGUUCCGUUUUUGUUUAUCUACAAAAUUGUGGCGCGAACAGUUGUUAUGAAAACUGCAUCCUCAAAAACAUCUCCACCGACAUCUUCAUCCCUAUCGAUGGCACCUACCACAGCUCUCACACCCUCCGCUGAUUUUCCCAACGUUAGCAUAAGUUGCCACUCGGAUCCCGGUGCCAAUCCUGUAUUUGUUGUAUUCAUUUUAAUACACACAUUUAUUGUUUUCAUUUUACCCGGUUUGGGUGUUCUACUCAAUCAUUAUGGUGUACGACGGAAAUUAUGCGCUCUUUCGCUGACAGCGCGUGCCGCUCACGGUGAACUACCACUUCCGAUGCCCAUUUUGCGUCGUCAGACGCAUAUGGUGAUUGUGACGGGCAUAGCGAAUGCCCAUCAAGCUGGCUGUGGUGGCACCACGGACGACACCUCAAAUGGUGGCGACAUACAGAUGCAGAAUUUAAAUCCGAAAAGUUCACACACCAAUCGCAAUAUUAUUUUAUCAAAGAAUCCCAUAUCACCUAGAGCAAUGCGUGAAAUACGCGAACAUUCCCAACGACAACGUAUGGCGCGGGCCGCCCAACGUGGCAGAAGAGUAGCUACACCAGGCAUACCGCUGCCGCAAACCUCAACGCUACGUUCACGCAGACAUCUGGCCAAUAUGCUUAUAGGUUCGGCAAUUAUAUUCAUAGCAUGUUGGACGCCGCAUGUAUUCUGUGUCAUUUAUAAAAUAAUGGGUUACAAAGAAUAUUGCAAAAAGUCAUCAAGAUAUUUUAAUUUAUUAUUGGGUUACAUGUAUUCAGCUAUAAGUCCCAUAAUUUAUUGGGCCCUCAAUCACAAUAGUCUACGACAAUCUCCAUGUGCUCCAAUAAUACGUUUACGUUCAAUGCAAAAAUUUCUACGCACACGCUUUCGUUCGAAUCCCGUACCGCCAGCACCAUCGUCAACAAAUGAAGCUCAGCUGGGGGCUUUUAAUCCAAAAUUAAUAAAACUAACACCAAAACAAUACAGAGCUCAGGCUUCAUCGCAUUAUCUGUAUUAAAUGAUGGUUUCAUCAUGUUCUUCUUUAAUCGUCUGCGUAUAUAGACUUUUCUGAAUGUCUUUCAACAACAAAAAA